GGAGGAGUUAGGACUGCAUAGGCUGCAGUGUGAGGGGGAGAGAGUGUGUGUUUGUGUGUGUGUGCAUAUGGGUUUGCAUGUGUCUGGGUGGACUCCCGCUGUACUGCUGCUCCAUGUGUGACUGUGCUGACCGCGACAGCCAUCCUGUUCACAGCGGAGACUUUCUCAGCAUGCAUAUGGUGUGAGCAGUCAGGGGAAAAGUUUAUAGCAGCUCGUCUGAGCCUCUGCUAACUCCAUCCACUCCGCACGCACCGGGUUUGUUCAGGGGAACAGCGGCAGAAGGAGCUGGAGUACAACUUCAGCUCGUCUCAGCCUGGGAUCUGUGUUGCUGUUGAUUGAUUACCUGUCACAGGAUUGGAUACAAAAAGGUGUGUGCAUCAACACAUGUCAGAGCUGAGGGAUUCGACAAGGCUUUUAAUUUGAAAGAUUAGAAUUGCUGCAAUGGACGAGCCCUGUGUGUCCCACAGCAGUCCCCAGCGCAAUGGAGGUCAGGCCGGCUCAGAGAUCCAGCGGGAGGGACGGCCGAGUGUCAUCAGGUGUGGGUGGCUCCGGAAGCAGGGAGGUUUUGUCAAGACCUGGCACAGUCGCUGGUUUGUUCUGCGAGGGGACCAGCUCCACUAUUACAAAGACGAGGAGGAGACCAAGGCACUGGGAGCCAUAUUCUUACCUGGAAACAAAGUUACAGAACAUCCAACCAGCGGCGAUGAAGGGGGGAAAUUUCUCUUCGAGGUCAUUGCAGGGGGAGACAGAGAGCGGAUGACAGCCAACCAUGAGACCUACCUUCUUAUGGCCAGCACCCAGAAUGACAUGGAGGAUUGGGUGAAGACGAUCCGCAGGGUCAUCUGGGCUCCUUUUGGCGGCGGGAUUUUCGGUCAGAAGUUGGAGGAAACUGUGCGGUAUGAACGCCGGUUUGGGAACAAGCUGGCCCCCAUGCUGGUGGAGCAGUGUGUGGAUUUCAUCCGGCAAUGGGGCCUUCGGGAGGAGGGCCUCUUCAGGCUGCCCGGCCAGGCCAACCUGGUCAAAGAGCUGCAGGAUGCUUUCGACUGUGGAGAAAAACCUUCUUUUGAUUGUAACACGGAUGUGCACACAGUAGCUUCUCUUCUGAAGCUGUACCUCCGAGAGCUGCCGGAGCCUGUUGUCCCCUUCAACAAGUAUGACGACUUUCUGGCCUGCGCAAAGCUCCUCAGCAAAGAUGAUGAAAUGGGUAUGAAGGAGUUGAGAAAGCUUGUGGAAAAUCUACCUCGAGUAAACUACAACCUUCUGAAGUACAUCUGCAGAUUUCUAGAUGAAGUCCAGUCGUAUUCAGGGGUGAAUAAAAUGAGCGUCCAAAACCUGGCCACAGUCUUUGGGCCGAAUAUCUUGAGGCCCAAGGUUGAGGAUCCAGUCGCUAUUAUGGAAGGAACUGUUCUGGUCCAGCAGCUCAUGGCCGUUUUGAUUGGUCGCCAAGACGUUCUGUUCCCCCUGGAUGAGGACAGCCCCACAGCCCUCGAGCUGGUCAACAACAACAACGUUGAGCUACCACGUGGACAAGCCACCACAACUACCUCCGCCAUCACUACGGUGUCCCAGAACGCCGAGAACAACAACACACAGGUGGUGCGGCAGUGUGUUUGGGAAGCACCUGAGUCUCCGUCGCACCGCCAACACGUGGACAACAAGCUCUCCCCACGAUCGGCAAGCCCUCGUAACAGUGUCAUCGGACGCUUUGACAUCACCCGCAGUCCACCGCUGACGGUUAAAAAGAACCCAGCUUUCAGUAAGGGCAGCGGGAUUGUAACAAACGGCUCCUUCAGCUCCUCACCCUCUUCAGACCCAAGUCAGGAAAAAUGCCAGACUUUAAUAGGAGGCGGGAGUUUACCGGUGCGGCGCAGUGGGACACUCAAAGGCUCCGGCACGAAAAUGGGCACCAGUGGUGUGACAAGUGGUGGCAGCUCAGGAGGGAACGGGUCUGGAGUUGUGCGUAUGGGCCUUUCGGGCACUGAUGUGGUCACAGGGGGUCUGAACGGUCGCAACGGUCUAUGGGUACCAAAUGGCUGCGUCACGUUACGCGACAGCAACAAAACCCGUGACGGCACCCAAGGGGAUCAAACAUCCAAUCAGAACCGCCUGUCCACGUACGACAACGUCCAGUUGAACCACCACAACCUGCAGCAGCAGAACCACAUCACCAACACAUGUCUGAACAGCAGCUGUGAGGACAAGCAGAGCGUGGACAGCGCCACCUGGUCCACCUCCUCCUGUGAAAUCUCCCUGCCUGACAACUCCACCUCCUGUCGCUCCUCUACCACCACCUGCCCAGAGCAGGACUUCUACGGAGGUCACUACGAGGACAUAGAUGGAGCGGUGCGAGACAAUGAGCCCAAGUCUGGUGGAGGAGGAGAGGGGGAGGGCAGGAACAGCAACAGAGACGGCAGUGGAGAUGGAGCAGGGAGGAGCAGUCGGGGCACCAGCAGCAGUGACAACAGUGACGGAUACACUGUCGGAAAUGGACCCGGCACUCACAGCGCUCUGCACAGCUUAGUGGCCAGCCUCAAACAGGAGAUGAACAAGCAGAAGACCGAGUACGAAGCCAGGAUUAAAAGCUUGGAGCAGCGUAACGUGGAGCUGGAGACGGAGAUGGUGAGCCUCCAUGAGGAGCUGGACCAGGAGAGGAAGAAGUACACCAUGGCUGAGAUCAAGCUGCGCAACGCCGAGCGUGCCAAGGACGACGCUGAGCGGCGGAAUCUGAUGCUGCAGAAUGAGAUGGAGCAGUUUUACUCCACGUUUAGCGACCUCACUGCGACUGGAAACCCCCCAGCAGCCGACCCCCGCCGACCAGAUCAUACCAACACUAUCUGGAUACAGUGAAGGGAGGUUUAUGAUGUGAUGUGAACAAUACGAGUGCUCCAAACAGGAUUUGGCUGCUGGUUGUUAAGGGAAAGUAGGGAAGUUACAAUGCAAAGGUUAAUGGCAUGUUAAUUUAAGAAAGGUGAAUGGCUAUUGAGAGCCGCCUGUAUAAAUAUAGACAUCACCUGGAGUGAUGCCAGACUGACAUUAUGUGUAAAUACAGUGUUAUUUAAACGGCUCACAGACUCCCCAACCUACUCAGACACUCAUCUGACUGAAGAGGAGUGAAGGCACACCAUAGUUCAUGAUGACAUGCUUAAAAAUGUUGUUUAGCCAACAAAAAUAAAAACCUUGGACCUGAAAACACAAAAAAAAGACCAUGCAAGAACACCUCUAUAUUUAAUUCACUUAAAAAAAAAUCUAACCAAAAACAUUGUAUUGUUCCGUGUAAUUCUGUAUCUGCUCGUGUACAUAGAGGGAAACCAUGCAGAAAAGUGUCAUGUAUGUAAAAAGAAAUGAACAAGUAAUAUUUAAAUGUGUAUCUGAUAUUUACGCAAAGUUAUCAAUGUGCGAUAUUUUAUAUUACGUUUUCUCCUUGCACUUUCAUGUUUGUUUAGUCUCAGCAAGGUGGUACUGAAUGUUCUGUCGGUCAACGUGUUCCAAUUAAAUUUGGACAAUAUACUGUAUAAUAUGUGCCUGUGCUUCUGUGCUGUUUCAUUUAUCCCAUGACCAAAAGAAAGAGCCUGUACUGUAAAUAUUUUAUUGAUAAUCCUAGACACUACUUGUUAGUCUGCACUGUGCUUCGACACAUAUUCAGAUGUAUAGGCACCUAUUGAGUUGAUACUGAUUGAGGAAUGUUUUGUAGCUUGUAAAGAUACAUGUUAUGGCUGUACGAUGGUUCAUUGGCAUAAAUCCCAGAUUUCAAAAAAUAUAUGUGUGUAAAUUCAGAAUUUCAGUUGACAAAUUGUCUCUCUCCAAAUAUUGCUGCUUUCAUGCUCUGAAUACGCUUAAAUAACCCUUUCUGAGCAUAUACUAGACGCCAGUUUUAAAAAUAUUCUCCUCAGCUCUGACAUUUUAUACACCUAAAAACAGGUUUUUCACCCUCAACUAGCAGAAUAACAAGUUGCAGUGUCAGCGUCCUGACACAGAGUUGUGUAUUUGGUUAUAACUGUGAAGAAAUUAGGCUACAGCAUCAAGUCUGCAACAUGAAGAUGUAAACAACCUGGUGGCUAGUUUCAUUAGCAAAUGGUGUGUGCAUGAUGGUGCAUGAGUCCAUGCGGGCCGGUGUACAGUAUGUGAAUGUCUGUAAAGUAACUGCAUAUUCUUUGUGAGUGUAUUUAUGUAGCUUUAAGCCAAAUGUAUACACAUGAUGUGGAUUUGCUGAUGGGUACAAAACAUCUUGAGCUGGACUUCUCUGAAAAGAAGCUGCUGCUGGCUACUCUUCCUCUGAAGACCAGGUCCCAUUAAAACCUGCUGCUGGUCAAUGCAGGACAUCUGGAAUGUGCACAUGAAGGGGAAAAAGUGCCUGAACAACUCAAGGGGGGGGGGGGG